UCCGGGGCGUGCCGCCGCCGUCGCUGCCGCCUCCGCUACCGCUAGUGGAAGAAGAUGGCGGAAGGCGGAGCGGCGGACCUAGACACCCAGCGAUCUGACAUCGCGACGCUGCUCAAAACCUCGCUCCGGAAAGGGGACACCUGGUACUUAGUAGAUAGUCGCUGGUUCAAACAGUGGAAGAAAUAUGUUGGCUUUGACAGUUGGGAUAAAUACCAGAUGGGAGAUCAAAAUGUCUAUCCUGGACCCAUUGAUAACUCUGGACUACUCAAAGAUGGCGAUGCCCAGUCACUUAAAGAGCACCUUAUUGAUGAGUUGGAUUACAUACUGCUGCCAACCGAGGGCUGGAAUAAACUUGUCAGCUGGUACACAUUGAUGGAGGGCCAAGAGCCAAUAGCAAGAAAGGUGGUAGAACAGGGUAUGUUUGUAAAGCACUGCAAAGUGGAAGUGUAUCUCACAGAACUGAAGCUCUGUGAGAAUGGGAACAUGAACAAUGUUGUCACUCGGCGAUUUAGCAAAGCUGACACAAUAGAUACAAUUGAAAAGGAAAUAAGAAAAAUCUUCAAUAUUCCAGAUGAGAAGGAGACUAGAUUGUGGAACAAGUAUAUGAGUAAUACAUUUGAGCCGCUGAAUAAACCAGAUAGCACCAUUCAGGAUGCUGGCUUAUAUCAAGGACAGGUGUUAGUGAUAGAACAAAAAAAUGAAGAUGGAACGUGGCCAAGGGGUCCUUCUGCUCCUAAGUCCCCAGGUGCAUCCAAUUUUUCAGCUUUACCAAAGAUCUCUCCUUCAUCUCUAUCAAAUAAUUAUAACAACAUCAACAACAGAAAUGUGAAAAACUCAAAUUACUGUCUCCCAUCAUAUACUGCUUAUAAGAACUAUGAUUAUUCAGAACCUGGAAGAAACAAUGAACAGCCAGGCCUCUGUGGCUUAAGUAAUUUGGGAAAUACAUGUUUCAUGAACUCAGCCAUUCAGUGUUUGAGCAACACACCUCCACUUACUGAAUAUUUCCUCAAUGAUAAGUACCAAGAAGAACUGAAUUUUGACAAUCCCUUAGGAAUGAGAGGUGAAAUAGCUAAAUCAUAUGCUGAACUGAUCAAGCAGAUGUGGUCUGGAAAAUUUAGCUACGUCACUCCUAGAGCAUUUAAGACACAGGUAGGACGAUUUGCACCUCAGUUCUCUGGAUAUCAGCAGCAAGACUGCCAAGAACUAUUAGCUUUCCUAUUAGAUGGAUUACAUGAGGAUUUGAAUAGAAUUAGGAAAAAACCAUAUAUACAGUUAAAAGAUGCUGAUGGCAGGCCGGAUAAGGUGGUUGCUGAAGAAGCCUGGGAAAACCAUUUGAAAAGAAAUGAUUCUAUCAUAGUAGAUAUAUUUCAUGGCCUUUUCAAAUCUACUUUAGUGUGUCCUGAGUGUGCUAAGAUCUCAGUAACCUUUGACCCUUUUUGCUACUUGACACUUCCAUUGCCCAUGAAAAAAGAACGUAGCUUGGAAGUUUAUUUAGUUAGAAUGGAUCCACUCAUUAAACCUAUGCAAUACAAAGUUAUUGUGCCCAAAAUUGGAAAUAUACUAGAUCUUUGUACAGCGUUGUCUGCUUUGUCAGGAGUGCCUGCAGAUAAGAUGAUAGUCACUGACAUAUACAAUCAUAGAUUUCACAGGAUAUUUGCCAUGGAUGAGAACCUCAGUAGUAUUAUGGAGCGGGAUGACAUUUAUGUGUUUGAAAUUAAUAUCAACAGGACAGAAGACACAGAACAUGUGGUUAUUCCUGUUUGCCUAAGAGAAAAAUUCAGACACUCAAGUUAUACCCACCAUACUGGCUCUUCACUGUUUGGUCAGCCUUUUCUUAUGGCUGUACCACGAAACAAUACUGAAGAUAAACUCUAUAAUCUUCUACUCUUGAGAAUGUGCCGGUAUGUCAAGAUGUCUACUGAAACUGAGGAAACUGAUGGACCCCUGCGUUGCUGUGAGGACCAGAAUAUUAAUGGGAACGGCCCAAAUGGCAUACAUGAAGAAGGCUCACCAAGUGAGAUGGAGACAGAUGAACCAGAUGAUGAGUCCAGCCAGGAUCAAGAACUUCCCUCAGAGAAUGACAACAGUCAGUCUGAAGAUUCGGUUGGAGGAGACAACGAUUCUGAAAAUGGAUUGUGUACUGAAGAAACUUGCAAAGGUCAACUCACAGGACACAAAAAGCGAUUGUUUACAUUCCAGUUCAUCAAUUUAGGCAACACUGAUAUCAACUACAUCAAAGAUGACACCAGGCAUAUAAGAUUUGAUGAUAGGCAGCUUCGGCUAGAUGAAAGAUCUUUUCUGGCUUUGGACUGGGAUCCUGAUUUGAAAAAGAGAUACUUUGAUGAGAAUGCUGCCGAGGAUUUUGAAAAACAUGAAAGUGUGGAAUAUAAACCUCCAAAAAAACCCUUCGUGAAAUUGAAAGACUGCAUUGAGCUCUUUACAACAAAAGAAAAACUCGGUGCUGAAGACCCCUGGUAUUGUCCAAAUUGUAAAGAACACCAGCAAGCCACAAAGAAGUUGGAUUUAUGGUCCCUGCCUCCAGUGCUUGUGGUGCAUCUCAAACGAUUUUCCUAUAGUCGCUACAUGAGGGACAAGUUAGAUACACUAGUCGAUUUUCCCAUCAGUGACUUGGAUAUGUCAGAAUUCCUGAUUAAUCCAAACGCAGGCCCUUGCCGCUAUAAUUUGAUUGCUGUUUCCAACCACUAUGGAGGGAUGGGAGGUGGACAUUAUACUGCUUUUGCAAAAAAUAAAGAUGAUGGAAAGUGGUACUAUUUUGAUGACAGUAGUGUCUCCACGGCGUCUGAAGACCAAAUUGUGUCCAAAGCAGCAUACGUACUCUUCUACCAGAGACAAGACACUUUCAGCGGAACUGGCUUCUUCCCUCUUGACCGAGAAACUAAAGGUGCUUCAGCUGCCACAGGUAUCCCCCUGGAAAGUGACGAAGACAGCAAUGAUAAUGACAAUGACAUAGAAAAUGAAAACUGUAUGCACACUAAUUAAUGAAAGUCGGAGAAGCCAUAAAGAGAGACUUUCCUGCUGGUGGUGUCUAUGGAAAUGAAGUGAUCCACCACAUUAAAACAGAGUCUGAGAUGAGGCGUUUCAGAUAACCGAAUGUAAAUCCUUUAUCAGAUUUUAACUUGUGCAGUACUUGAAGUGAAACACAAUGAAAACUUUAACAGAAAUUGUCUCUGAAUACAUCUACGGUCUUGUAUUUACAAGCUAAAUAUAUAUAGGAAAUCACAAAUAAAUCCCUUUUAAGUUUGCUGCUGUUUUGACGAAUUAUGUUUUCUUUAAUUUUUUUGGAUGUGACUUAAUUGAUGACAAAUGUUAAAUUUGUGGAUGUUGGUCAUUAAUUUUGCUCUAAUAAUACUGCAAGAAAACUAUGGCUGAACUUAGUUCUUGGGUAAUGUAGUUGGUGUGUGUUAGGCUGCUGUCUGCACCACUCCGGUGUUCCGCAGCAGUGUCCGUGCGGCACACAUACGGCAGUGUGUCUUUGGAAAGCCAGAUUUUCAAAUCUGUCCCUGGUAAUCAAUGUGGGUCUGUUUAAAAAAAAAAAAAUCGUACCAUGAGAAAUAAUCUUGGCAUAAUUUCCUUUUGUUGCAUCAUUAAAACACAAAGCACUGCAUCUACCGCACUGUGGGAGCAGGCUCUAGAUUUCACAGUCCGCCACAAGUCAUUUUUCAGCCACGUGUAAGUAUCCCUCACUGCCAUUGGAAUCUGUUCUUCAAAAUCUCAGAUUUGUUUUGGCUUUAAAUGCUUAUCUCUCAUCCACUGUUGGUCCAAAUUCAGUUUUUUGGCUCUCUGUUGUUCUCUGCCCCGUUUUUGGUGAUUUAGCCCAACUCUUUAGCUCUCCCGGUUACCAUGACGUAAGGACAGACUGAGUAGUAUUCUGUAUCUGAAGUGAAAGUGGCAUUAGUCUUAGGUGAGGGAACUUUGUCCAUGUGCUAGCCUUUGACUCCUGAUAACUUGGCUCUAGAGGUAGGUCUGUUCACUUUCUCUGUGCGUUCCUGAUGGAAAUCACCAUAGCCUUACAGCUUUCUCAGAAGGGCACGUGUAUAAGAGAGAGGGCGUUUGCAUGUUCCCAGAGUCAGACCUGUGCAGCAGCAUAGGAAGCUACAAACCUUGGGUUUUCUUUCAGUUUCUUACAUUCAAGGAUCCAGGAUGCCAAAUACAUGUGAGCAUUUGAAACGUUUUCAUUUGCUGCUUUCUUUCCCUAUGAUCCAGUUGAAAGAAUGUAUCAUUGAUUGGCAUACAAUACUGCCUUUAAUAGGAGACUAAAUGCUGGGGCACACUUCACAUAUGACUACCUGAGAAACCGCUUCGUGUCCCACUGUUAUUAAAGCAAAAAGUAUAAUGUUCUUCACUUGAACUAAUCAAAUACAAUAGAUUAUAAAUUGUGUAUUGUAAAUAAAAGUUCACUCUGUGAGUGCACAUUUUGGUAAAUUAUUUAUUUAUGUUAGCAUUUUAAAAGAAAAGGGAGAAAAGUGCAUUUGACCAGGAUAAGUAAGGUAUGUUGAUCAUGGCUUUGCUUUAUAUCUUGAUAUUAAAGCGGGUUUUUCAUCCUGGUCUUUUAAAGGCUGCUUUGGGUGUUUAUUUUUUCUUUUCUUUCUUUUUUUGUUUUUUUUCUUUUCUUUGUUCUUUUUUAUGUAAACUAACCUCCUGCAUGACAGAGGUUAAUAUUUUGUCAGCACUUGGGUUCACUUGAGUUUACAUUUGAAAUGUGCAUGUUUAUUUAUACAGAUUUCAAUAAAGCUGUUGAAGGCCUUAUUUAGUCUUUUAUUUCUUACCCUGGAACCGUUAAAGUCAAUUCCCUGUUCUCUGCAUAGAUGUCUUUACAGUACAUUACAGUUAGUACAAGGUACAGAGUGAGUCACGUCCUACCAGGAUGUUUUAGACUUGGGCUGCUUUUGUCUGUUUUAAUGCACAUAUUCAAUGAGCAAGCUGCAUAGCCUUCUGCCUGCUUUUGAGCAUACAUUCAUUCUGCCCAUGAGCUAUUUCUUUCUUUUUGUUCUUUUUCCUUUUUUUCUCUCCCUCUCUCUUUUUCUCUCGUUUUUUUGUAAGUAAUAGAAGUCAUUGUUAACCUCUUACAUACCUAGAUAUAGUCUCCAUCCUGAUUUUCCAAAGAGACUAGUUUCUUUUGUUUAUUUACUUGGUGAUUCGUUUGUUUAGUUUUUGAGUGGAUCUGAGGCUGGCCUAUAUCCCAGGCCAGGCUCCAAGUCUUUGAUCUUCCUGCCUAGGCCUCUCAAGUACUGGGAUUACAGAUGGGCAGCACUAUCCCCCUGACUAAGACCACAUCCUUUUAAUGCCUGCCAUUAAUUUCCUUCCUACUGAAAAGAAAAAUUUUAAAUCAAGUGCUGUCAGUGCCGUUGAAUCUGAAAUGAUAGCUUCAUUUACAAAAAUAAGCUUUGUAGCAUAAAAAGAAUUAAAAGGAGAUAUCCAUAUGGUAAUACAGGGUAGUAGGAAUAUAUUUAGAUUAGAAUUAUAUUUCUAACUUUGCCUGUUAGUAAUCAUGACUUUGAGCUUAAUCUUUUUAGUCUGUUUCUUCACCUAUACAAUAAUAAUGACAAUAAUAGUCUUUGUUUAUUGAGAGGCUUACUCUAGACCAGCCAAUGUAUUCAAGCGUUUAUGUGCAUCAUCACAUUGCGUCCCACAAAAGCUGUGUGGUAGGAGCGGUCAUCAUCCUCACCUCCCAUACAUACGUUGUAAACAAAGUCCUCAUUUCACAGUUCCUAUGUCAGCAUUCAGCCCUCAAAGCAUGCCACCUCUUGUGUCACAGUGACGCGCGCCAGCUCGCUGUGUCACCGUGGUACAUACCCGCCUCGCUGUAUCACAGUGACGUGCACCAGCUCGCUGUGUCACGGUGAUGCGCGCCAGCUCGCUGUGUCACCGUGGUACAUACCCGUCUCGCUGUGUCACGGUGAAGCGCGCCAGCUCGCUGUGUCACGGUGGCGCGCACAGCCUCACUGGGUCACAGUGCCUUUCUCACCAGAGAACUCCAAUGAGAUCAUCUUGUCUUCCAUCAGGAAGAGUUUCAUGAGCAAUGUGGUACUUGUUACUGAUCUCUCUAUCUGCAUGGGAAGUGGCACUAGAUAAUUUUGCCUCCCAAAAUACCUUCUUCUCCUCUAGUUAGAAGAGUAUCAUCUGGUAUACUUAGCUUUUCUUUCCAAAAUGAACUUUAUCAACUUAUUUACAUUAUUCGCUAUUUUGAUUAAAUGUUAACUAGUCUGUGAUAUAGAACGUAAACCAUUCCACCAAAUCCAACCCUGAAUUCUUCUAUUAUGUCUCAUUUGGGAAGGAGAGUGCUUGUGCAUGUGUCAUGGCGCAUGUGUGGAGGUCAGAGGACUGUUUGGGCGGGACUACGUUCUCUUCUCUACCGUGUGGCUCCCCACGAUGAUGGAAGUGCCUUUACCUGCUGAGCCGCCUCACCUUAGUGUGUUUUCCUAGUUGGCUGAAGGGCACCGUGUACCAUGGUGAGCGAGCACAGGGUAGCCAGCAGAUAGCGGGAUCAUUUCUCUCCCCCCAGAGGUCCAGCUGUGUCUUCAGGGAUUCACAGAAAGUCCCUUUACCCACCGAGCUAGCUCACUGGCCCGUAUAUUUAUAUUGAAAUGAUCUCCAUGAAGAAACUGCAGCCUGGUGCUUUAUGUGAUUCUGGCUUUUGCUUACAAUCUGAUUUUAGUGAUUCUGUGUUUAUCCUUGCUUUCCAGACAACCAGGUAUUAAGAACCACACAAAACAUUGAUCUCAGCAUAAAGAAAAUCAGCUACGACCAAAAUUCCAGCAUAAAGUCAGCUAACACCAAAAUAGGUAUUACGUGAGGACAGUGCUUUUCUUACGAGCUGAGGUGAGGCUGUCUAAGAAGAAAGAAGCCAGACUUAGAGACAGUGAGGAAGUGGCUGCCUGAGGAGGGAUUUGUGGUCACCACUGGUACUGUGUUAGUAUUGGUACGCGGCUGGCUUUUAGGCCAUUUCCCUGCUUUCCAGCCUUCUCCGGGCUGUAGUGUGAUGGCUGCCUGCCUACUUGUUCUGGCACACAGGUGCAGAUGAAAUGGGCAUCCUCUUGCCAGUUUAGGUAAGGUAGUCCUGUAAGGAGAUCCUGUGUCCCAUUCAAGGAGUCAGAUCCUCCGGAAGGUCAGGAAAGUGGUCAAAUGAAAACUUAGUUCUGAAGCCAAAGAACAGGGCAGUCUUUAUAUUUUUUACUUUAUAGCAAAAUUUAUUUUUUUUUCUCAUUGAAUAAUUUGUCCUGUCAGAAGUUUGAAAUAGUUUCUCUUGAAAAUCUCCUGAUGCUCUCAGGUAAUUCUCUUAAGUACUCCUUGACCAGAAGAUAGAGAAUAAAUGGGCCCUUGGUUCUGCAGCUGCAGAUGGGUGUUAUAUAUUGUGUCAUGGCCAGAUUUUUCCUAAAGGGAAAACUAUUUUUCUUAAGCUUUCUAGAUUUGGGACACUUUAAUUCAGUAUGUGUAUGUUUUGUGUUUAAUUCAUGUCUACUAUAAAUUAGAGGAGAAAUUGCUAUAUAGUUUAGAUGACAUGAUCGUAUAAAGCUGGAUAUAUUGUUUUUAUCUUUAAAGAAAGGCUAAUAAACGCAAUCCAAGUGUUAUUUUUGGUAAUUAUAAGCAUUGAAAAACAUAACCUCUAUCGUACCAUGAUCUAAUUAUUUCUCAGCUCUGCUUCAGCAUUUCAGCUAGGCAGAGUCGUUGAAACAUCCUAUAGUGUGGGAAUUAAAAGUAGAAUAAACUACUCAAAAAUUGAGUUAUAAUAUUUUGGACAAUAGUUUUGAAGGUAGAGAGGAAAGUCAGUCAGGUGGGGUUUAGCGUUGGCUUGUUGAGGUUUAGUCCUCUUGCCAAAAGUUUAGUUAAUGUCAUUCUGCAAAGGUGCUAAAAAUAGAACUGUCUCUUCGGAAAUGAUAUUUUAAAUAGUAUAACACUAGAAGAUUAGACUGCAUUUUUAAAUAAUUUUUAUCUUCGUGUAUGUGAGAGUGUAUGCCAUAUGCGAGGGUGCCCUUGGAUACGAGAAGAGGCGUGUGGUGCCCUGGAGCUAGAGCUGUAGAUGCUUGGGAUCUGCCUGGCAUGAGUCCUGGGAACGAAUGAGUUGGUCUUUGGGAAGAGCAGGAGGUGCUCUGUUAACUGCUGAGCCAGCUCUCCAGCCCCAAGACUGCACUUUUAAUAUGCACAAAAUCAAAUAUUCUAACUGUUUACAUUGUUUGAGCCGUUGACUGUUCUGCAUUAAAAAAGUAUUUAUUUUGCUGAAUUCUCCCCCCACCCCCACCAUACCAUAGAACUUCAUCUAUAUAAUCUGGUGGAAAACAUCGUGAAUUUCAUCUGUUAUGACCUUCAUUCAGAUUGGUUGCUAGCUACAGUUAUGUCCACAUACAUUAAAGUGAAACAGUAAAUUUGGGAACAGGACAACAAUCUUUUCUAAAAUGUACAUAUCCUAACCUUAUCUCGGUGAUGGCAACUUCCUCUGUAUUCAUCUCAAGUGUGAUCAUUUUUAAUAAAGACUCCUCCUAUGGCGAAGAGAGUAGGGAACAGACCAUCUGGUGUCCCUUUUUAUAAAGUCCUAACCUUAUCAUUAACGCUUCACCACUGUAGCGUAACCAUUCCUGAAUGGCAGUCUCUAAUAUAAACUCCAUUUUUGGAAAGGUCUGCUCACUAGAAUGGUAUGGCUCGGCCCAAUCCCUACCACUUCAGUGUAAUCUCUAUUCUUAACAGUCGUAAGAAUACUAAUUCGCCCCGUAUUAGUCUCCAGAGAAGCCAAGCCAAUAGGAUGUACAUGUAGAAAGUCAUAAGGAGUUGCCUCGUGUGAAGGAAGCUUAGAAUUUCUAAAAGACCCACAAUCAUCAAGCUAGACUCAAGAAUGGUGGCAGUUCCAGUCACUAUCCAAAAGCAUGACAACCAGGAAAACCAGCCUAAAAGCCAGCACACUUGAGAUCCAGAAGAUUCUGUUUCCAUUUGUAUCCAGAGGCAAGCGAAAGCCAGGGAGACAGCUCAGGGCAACCAAGCAGGAGUUCUUCAGAUGAAACAGGAAGGGUUAACAUCUUUGUUCCAUUCUGGCCUUCAGUUGGAGUGAGGCUCAACAGUGGGGUGCAGCGGAGGGGGGUAGUUGCUCACUGCAUGUUUUACUGUUCAUCCCCAAAAACAUACCCAGAAGCAGCCAAAAAUAAUGAGGUGCUCGGCAGCUCAGUCUAUUAGAUACAAACUUGAUCAUUAAACCUCUUCAUGUUUAAAUGUGGUUUAGAUGGGGUUAGAUUGCCAGAGUUCUGGGCCUAUCACUUCGUGUGAUUCUCACCUCUAUCAUUUUUUGAUUUGUAAAGUAGGCAAGUCCAGAAUGUCCAUCAAAGAAUACUUAGACUGAGAAGUUAAUUAGGAGACAGUUUACUUAGCCAGUCAAUGAUUUCUCAUAGGGUGGACAGUUCGGUUGUUGAAGAUUGGUGUGGAAUCCACAUCCCCCAUGCUCCUAAGUCCCCUAAGAAUGAUAACAAGAUUUAGAUUGUCUUAAGCUUUGUGAAGAGUGCAAGUGUUUCCAUUACUAAGGAAACAGCAAAGACAUGGGAUGAUCAUUGCUGGAGCCAUGUCAUCUGCUAAAAUGGUGCUUGAGGGAAAAGGUAAGCAUCGCCCCCAUCUCAUUUCUUACCUUCUCUCGAAUGCAUUCCACAGUUUUACCAUCUAGGGCUUGUCCCAUGCAUUCUCUUUGCAUGGUCUGCUUUAUCUGCUACCAGGUGAACUUUCACACUUCUUCCUUAAGACAUAGCUACCCCAAACUUCAUCUGUUGAAUCAUUUGCCACUCUGGUUAUAUAUCAUGAGUCUGUCUUCCCCCACUACACCUGAUAGGAUAUAGUGCUAUAGGGUAUAGAGUUUCUGUACAAAACUGUUACAAGGAGACAUUUUCUCAAGGCAAGCCUGUACUCCCAUCUCAGGAAGCCGAGGCAGGGGCAAAAGGGUCAUACAGAUUGAAUUCAAGCCCAGACUGAGCACUUUGGAAAGAACCUGUCUCAGAACAGAAAAAGCAGCCUGGGGAUGUCGCUCAGUGGUAGAGCACUUGGCCUAAGUCCCCAGCACACACAGUUUCUCAAGCAUCAGUGUCCUUCUGAUCUUAUUUUUGGUACUACUGAGUACAUGUUUUAAGUUUUAAAAGUAGUUACCCUUUUGAGUGUGCAUUCAAAAAUAGUAUAUGGUUAGGAAUGUCUUGUGUCCCCUGUGUGUGUGUCGGGAGGGGAGGAAGGCUUAAAUGCUAGAUGCAGCAACAUUUUAAACUCAGAACGUUUAUGAAACAUGGAUGUUGAUUUUCACUUGCAUUAACUUUUCUAGAGUCAGAAGCCCUGUGUCUGUAAUCUUUUCACAUAAUAACACUUAGGCUUUCAUUUGUAUUUUUAUAGAUUUGCAGCUCUGUGACUCCUGAGUUCUUAUAAAAUGCUAUCUGUAUUGUAUGUUUUUCAGGAAGGGGUAUGUUGAACUCUCAGUAAAAUAGAGCAUAUAGUCAGUGGUUAUUAAAUGGUUCUUACUUCGUGUGGAUUGUCUAGGAAUUUUUACUGUAAGGAAUUCUUUGUUCCAAUAAAUACGACAUUGCUGUUACCUUUUGUUUCUAUCAGAGAGCAACCUGAAUUUCCGUUUGUGUGCUGGCCCUCGUUUCUAGGAAUAAUAGACACCCCUGGCUGUAAAUAGCCAUGAAUAGCCCUUUAAUCUGAGGGAGGGAUACCCCAAACAUUUCUUUGCUUAGAAUAGCUACCUAAAGAGGAGAAAGUGGCUUACUUGAUUGUGGUUUCUGGUUUCAGUUUUGGAGACUUUAUUGUGGCCUGUUUGCCCCAGUCAUCUUGAUGUAACCUUAGAAAACUUUUAGAUGACAGAGGAAAAUUGUCAUCUAGGACUGGUGAGAUGGCGAGUGAGUAAGGCUAGGGGCCUGAUGACCUAAAUUCCAUCCUUGGGCCCACAUGGUGGAUGGAGGGAAACUUCUGUCAAGCUGUAUUGCAAGUUCUUUGUAAGUUGCAAUAUUCAUGCCGGUGUUUCGCAUAUAGACUCAUGACCUAUGCCUGGAGCCAGUGUCCAGACAAGCAGUUAGCUGGCGUACUUUGAGGAAAAAAACCUUUGUUUCUUAGAAAAUGAAGAGUCCUUCUUUUAACAAAAGUUCUGUUCAUUUUUCUCCCAAAAUUCCAAAGCGGCAUCUUGAAACUGGGAUGAGAAUGGAAGGCGUGUGACAUUAACCUUGAUCAUUCUCUCAUUCUUUGUGAGCAAUGUCAAAGAUCAUGCUCCUUGGAGCCAAGAAUAACCCUUCCAUCCCCAAAGCCACAAGCUUUGUCUCAUGAAGUUUAAACUUGAAAAGCAACAACAAUAAAAAAAAAAUAGAAAUUUUAACUUGAGCACAUAGCUCUUGUUCAUGAAAUUCAUGAUUUGGGGACCUUCUCUUUUCAGGUGCUAUGACUCUUCUCCAGGGCCUCACACACGGUAGGCAAGCUCUCACCCGCUCAGCUGCACCCUCCGUCUCUUGACACUUAUCAUUUCAGUGACAUGGUUCACAGUAUAGAUGAAUGUAUAGUGUAUAAACAGAUACUGCAUUUACAAUGUAUGAUGCCAUUUGUAAUAUCAAUAAAUGUAAUAAAACAUGUUUUGGUCAAUUUAAUCUCUA